AUGUUCAUAUCACCUUUCUUCAUCAUUGCUUCUCAGUUGCUGUUGAGAUCCACAGGAGCGCAAGACGCGUCUAUCAAAACCGGAUCCAAUCGGACAGACCACAAGAAUCUAACUGCACCUCACAACAAUACCAAGCUCCAUGAUGGUACCGUGAACCAAACCGCACCCGAUGUUGGCAAAUCAAACAUCACUGCGCCAGUCAAUGGUACCUCAAAUCACACUGCGCCAGCAAAUGGUACUGGAACCGGCGAUGAUCGCAAGAACAUCACAGGACCCGCUGCAUUCAACACCACAUUACGUGUGAAAUUGGAUUACGGUGACUUCAUUGGAAAAGUGGAGGGACCAUUAGCCAUCUGGAGUGGAGUUCCUUUUGGUGAAGCACCCGUCGGCGAAAGACGAUUUGCGAACCCAAUCCCACCCACAAAGAAUUUCACCAAGUUUGAUGCAACGAAACCAUCACCUGGAUGUCCUACGACUGAUCCUUUUGCCGGCACAGACCCCAAAAAAUUCAACGCAACAGUUAUGGAAGUUCUUGCACCCUUACCGAAAUCUCUCCUACCUAACAGUGAUCGUGAUCCGGGCCAAGAAGACUGUUUGACACUAGAUAUCAUCAAGCCAUCGGGUGUCGCCAAGAACCCCAAGCUUCCCGUCAUCUUUUACAUCCCGAGUCGACAUUCCAGUGAGAUCAAUCCUGGGGGCUUGAUGGCCCGAGGUAAGAUGAACAAUCAAACGUUCAUCUGGGUCGCUGUCAAUUGGAGAUCAAAUGCAUUUGGGUUUUUAGGUGGCAAAGAGAUCGCUGCAGCUGACGCUGCAAACCUAGGAUUGAAAGAUCAACGUCUUGCAUUGGAAUGGGUUCACAGGUAUAUCCACCACUUUGGUGGAGACCACCGAAGGGUCACUUUGUAUGGUUCCCAAACCGGCGCAAUGGCAGUUUCACAUCACUUGAUUGCUUUCAAUGGUCAGCAAAAAGACUUGUUCCACGCAGCCAUCAUUGAUGGAUCGGUUGCCCUUCCAAGUCCAAAGAUUGAGGAAGGACAAGCCACCUACGAUAAGUUUGUUAAAGCCGCUGGCUGCCCAGUCGGGAAAGGAUCACUUGCAUGUCUACGAAAGGCAGAUUUCAAGAAGUUGAUAGCGGCCGCAAACACAUUCCCUGGGUUGUUUUCCCGUGGUAAAUUCCCUCUACCAUUCCACGCCUAUGUCGAUGGCAAAUUCCUCACUGGAUCUAUGGAGGAAUCGGCCAAAGCAGGAAAAGUUGCCAAAGUUCCUAUCAUGGUCGGAGCUGCUGAGGAUUCAGGAACGUUGAGCACCCUAGUCGAAGCAGCACACAUCUUUAAUGAUACAGGUGUUACAGCUUGGUUGCAAAAACUCUUACCCGGCGCCAAACCUCAAGAGGUUACGAAGCUCAUGACCCUUUACCCAUCAGAUCCAGCCCAAGGCUCUCCCUUUGGCACCGGUCUCAAGAACGUCCUCAAUCCUGUUUCAAAGCAAAUGGCGGCUAUAUUUGGAGAUAUCGCCUUCCAGGGUAUGCGAAGAUUCUUUUCUCGAUCAGUCCAAGCAUCCACACCGGUAUUCGGCUUCAUUGACCGUGGUAUGAAGAAUACCUCCUACCUUGGUAUGCCUCAACUUGCCAAAUCCUAUUCUACAAGCUCGUUUGUGAGAACACUAGCUGAUGUUACAUGUGUGACUACAAUCAGCGUCUUGAAACCCCCAACACCUGGACGAAGCCAAGCUAUUCAAUCCCGUUUACUGUCAUUUGUACACACUCAGAAUCCUAACACCAACGGUACCAAGGUUCAAUGGCCUAAAUACGGGGUGAAGGGCGAGCUUUUGCAGUUCAACGAUGAAGGUGCUUCAAAGACUAUUCUUGAUGAUUUCAGAAAAGAAGGAAUUGAGUAUUACAUCCACCAUCUUAUGGGUGAUAGUGCCAAGAUGGGCAAUGCCACCAACAUGACCGACAUGACCGACAAUGGCAACAGCACAGCUCCUGUCAACAGCACAGUUCCUGUCAACAGCACAGCUCCUGUCAAUAGCACAGCUCCUGUCAAUAGCACAGCUCCUGUUAACAGCACCAACAGCCACAAGCAACAUCCCAAGCGCCUCAACCAAUUGUUCUGA